UAUUAUACAUUUUUUGUACUAAAACAAGAAUAAAAGAUAAUAAAAUUUUCUUUUCUUGUAUUAUUAAAUCUUAUUUAUAACUUUUAAAUGUUCAUAAAACUUGUUAUAUAGAUCAUAUGUGUAAUUAUAAAAAUAGUAAAUCUUAGAGUGAUUAACCUACAUUAAUUGAACUUUAAAGUUAAAACUUUUUGAUUAAUUGUGAAUGACAUGAUAUCUCAUGACGAGAUAAAAGUUGAAGUAGUACCGAUAAAUGGAGAAAGAAUUGAAGGAAAAGAAGAAACUGUUAUUUUUGUUGAACAGUUUGUUAAAGAUGUGUGUGACUUUAGUUCGCAAUAUGGAAGUAACAUUAGUAUUUCAUAUACAGCCUAUAAUAUUGCUGGAAAUCCAAGUAAAUUUCCUGAUUAUGGUGAUUUUCCACAAGCUUUUGUUAUGAGAACAUAUGGACAAUGGUGGGAUAAAGCACCUUCAAGAUUAAUAGAUUAUAUGCCACAGAACAAUAUAAAUAUUACUAGCCAGGAUUAUAUAGAUCUAGAAUAUUAUCAAGAGGUAUAUCCAAUUAGAGUAUCAAUAUAUGAAACUUACAAUCCUGGAAGUGUAAUUGGGAUUUGGGCACAAAAUUCCGAAGGCAAGUGGUAUCAAUUAUGGAAUGGAUUUCCUCAAGUUGUGCCACACAAGCCACGAAUAUUUUCUCCAUAUUUGCAGCUAUGUAAUUUUAAGACAAAAGUAAUAAGACUAGAAUUUAAUCAUACUUUAUUAGACUAUUAUACAGAAUUAGAUGCUGUAUUACUUAUUGGUACAUCAGAAUUAAUUGUACCUAAUAACUUGCACAAUCAAAAUUUAAAUGAUCUUUCACAAGAAUUGGGGUAUCUUAAACAAAGUGAUGAUGACAUUUAUAAUUUAACACCUGAUUAUUUAAAAGCAAAUCAAGAUUUAACAAUUCUUAAAAAGACACUUUCUAAACACUGUAAACUUUUUAAAAGUAAAGUAAUAGAUAAUAUAUCCAAGGGUAAAUUAAUAUCUAAAAUAGGUCAACAUUAUCAAUCUGUUCCUCCUAUAGAAGAAGCAUUUAAUAGUUUACAACAAUUUUUACAAGAAGAUUUUCCAAAACUUAUUAGAGAUAUUCAUCAUUCAAUACCAGAUACUACUGAACAAAAUAAUUCUCUCCAGAAAAAAUUUUUAGUAUCUUCAACUGAUUUUGAAAAUCAAUCAUAUUGCAGUUUUUCAAUACUUCCGGAUGAAACUGUAUUAAAAAUUUUAAAAAAUCUAGAUUUAAGAUCAUUAUGUUGUUUAUGCAGAGUAAAUAAACAUUUUAAUAACAUUGCAAGAGAUGCUUUAUUGUAUACAAGUCUUAAUUUAAAACCUUAUUGGUAUUGUUUAGAUACAGCUGCAUUAAACAGUUUAACACCUAGGUGUCAUUAUUUGCAACAAUUAGAUCUUUCAUGGUGUGGAAAUUAUAAUAUGAUUAAGUAUCAAGAUUUUAUAUAUUUUCUUCGUAUAUCUGGAACUGUUUUGACACAUUUAAGACUAAAUUGUUGUCAAUUUGUAAAUGAUUCUAUUAUUCUUGAAAUUUCGAAAAUAUGUAAGAAUUUAAAAGAAUUAUGUUUGUGUAAUUGCAUGGGCAUAACGAACGAAGGAUUUUCAAAGCUCGAAAAUUUAAAAUAUCUAGAACGUUUAGAUCUUUACAGAACAAGCAUAGAAACUUCUACAUUAUGUUCUAUUUUAAAAAGGAAUACUCAAAUGCGUCAUUUAAAUUUAGCAGGAAUGCAUGACCGUUUAAAUAUAGAUGAAGUUGCUGUUGAGUUAGGAAAUUCUUGUCCAUAUUUAGAAAGUGUAGAUUUUUGGAAAGCACAAACUUUAACUCCACAGGGAGUCAGAGCUUUAGCUCACUGUACUAAACUUCGAGAAGUGGAUUUUGGAUGGUGCGGUGGUAUGGGUGCUCCUGGUGAUUCCUUACGAGCAUUAUUAUUUUCAUGUCGCUAUUUGGAAAAAGUAUUUUUAGCAGCACUUAGAGGAUUAACAGAUCGUGAUUUAGAACCACUUUUAUUAUGUCAACGAUUACAACAAUUGGAUUUAUUAGGAGCUCGUUCUCUUACUCCUGAUAUAUGUUAUGGAAUUUUAUUAUUUUGUCCUAAAUUAGAAAUGAUUGAUCUUAGUUUUUGUGAAGGUAUUAAUGAUUUUAUUGUACAAGAAUGGCGUCAACAAUAUCCACAUGUUUCUAUUAAAAGAAGUUUUCAAGUAAUUACCUCAAAUAUGAUAUAAUAAAUAUUUUGUGAUAUUUUCAUAAUAGUGGCCAUAAUUUAAAAUAAAAAUAGAUAUUUGUUUAAUUUUAAUAAAA